AGAAAAGUAUUCCAGGAAGAUGGAGAAGGUGGAGGAGUCAGUGCCAUGGUGCUGACACAGAAGCAGGGCUGGUGUGUGGUAGAGACAAGAGGCCGAUGUAUGACUGCACGGGGAGGAUGGUGCAGACCUCGUGGAAGACCAGUGCAGGGCAGUGCAUGAUUCUGGAAGACUUUCAAGGGAGCAGACACAUGACUAGAUCCUCAAGUCAGCAAGAUUCCAAUGGCCGCUGUGUUCAGAAUGGGCCAGAGUGAUUCCAGGGCAGCAAAAAAUAGAUGUGGCACAUCACUACUGGGUACUCCAGGCAGGAUGUGAUGGUGCCCUGGACCAGGGACACUGUGUAGGUGGGGAGGAUAUAUUUAGAAAACAUUUUGAAGGUCAAGCUCAUUGAAAUUUCUAAUGGAUGUGGUAAGUGGGGAAAGAGAGGAACAAGGAUGGUGCUGAAAUCUUUCCUCUGAGCAAUUGGAAGGAUGGAGUUGUGUUCCAGGAGGACGACAGAGAGCAGGGUGUUGAAGGGUGCUGAUCACUCCAAGAAGCCACUUGAAAGCCAACUAAAGAUGUCAGUGACAGAGUUGGAUAUAAACAUCUGGAGGUCAGGAGAGGGGUCCAGGUGGAGAUGUUAACAGGUAUAGCCAGUGUAAGGUGAUGACAACAGAUGAGGAAAAAAAAAAAAGUGAGGGAUGAUAAGAGAGUGGCUGUUCCUCAAAAAAUUAAAAAUAGAAUUACUGGGCCGGCCCCGUGGCUUAGCAGUGAAGUGUGUGCACUCUGCUGCUGGCGGCCUGGGUUGGGAUCCCGGGCACGCACCGACGCACCGCUUCUCCGGCCAUGCUGAGGCAGCAUCCCACAUACAGCAACUAGAAGGAUGUGCAGCUAUGACACACAACUAUCUACUGGGGCUUUGGGGGAAAAAAUAAACAAAUAAAUUUAAAUUUAUAAAAAUAGAAUUACUGUAUGACCGAGCAAUUCUGCUUCUAGGUAUUUAUCCAAAAGAAUAAAAGAGCAGGGACUCAGAGAUAUUUGCACACCCAUGCGCACAGCACUAUUGUUCACAACAGCCAAAAGGUGGAAGCAACCCAAGUGUCCCUCAAUGGAUGUAUGAAUAAACACAGUGUGGUGUACACCUACCAUGGAAUAUUAUUUAUCCUUAAAAGGAAAGAAUUCUGACAUAUGCUACCACAUGGAUGAAGCUCGAGGACAUUAUGAUAAGUGAAAUAAACCAGUCACAAAAAAGGCAUAUACUAUAUGAUUUCCCUAUAUGAAGCAUCUAAAGUAGCCAAAUUCAGUCAGAAAAUGGGACAGUGGUUACUGGGCGCUGGGAGGUGGAGGGAAUUGGGAAGUUCAAGUUCCAUGGGAAUAGAGUUUCAAGUCAUGCACUUGAAAAGAGCUGUUAUUUGUUUUUGGGGGGGUUUAUUUUGACUAGAUGUCAAAAAAAAAUCCCAUACUUAUAUUUUAGAAAAUGUUAAGUAUUCUUCUAGGACACACAGCAAACUCAUCGGUGACGGCAGCUCUAAAGCCGGACGGUACUGAGUGUUUGGGGAGGAAGUGACUUCCUUGGGUGGGGAGCGUCUCACAGGCAUGGACCAGAUACAAGACGGAAGCUCAGAACCCUCCAUCUCAGAGAUGCUGCUGCAGCUGCUGCUGCCCCUGCUGUGGGCAGCUCUGACACAGACACCUGACAUCCACAUUCAGGGGACCCUAGAAUCUGGCCACCCCAAGAACAUUACCUGUGCAGUGCCAUGGGCCUGUGAGAGGGGGACGCCCCCCACCUUCUUCUGGAUUGGGGCUGCCCUCACCUCCCUGGGCCCCAAGAUUCCCCACACCUCGGUGCUCACCCUCACCCUGGGGCCCCAGGACCAUGGCACCAACCUCACCUGUCGAGUGACAUUCCCUGGAGCUGGCGUGAGCACAGAGAGGACUGUCUGGCUCAACGUGUCCUAUGCUCCACAGAAGCUGACAGUCCAUGUCUUCCGGGACAACAGCACAGGUGGGAGAGGCCUGGGUGGAAGUGGGGUCUCAGAAGUCAAGUCAAGGGACUGUGUGGAGGCUGGACAGAAUGAAGCUCCAUCACUCUCCAUCCCCUCUCAGUCCCCCUCAGCCCUCCCCCUUCCUGUCCCCUGACAGGACUCUCUAGGGUCACUGUGAAUUCCUAGUUGACCCUUCACUGUCACCUCUGGUUGCUUCCUCUCUCCUGACCUCCUCUCUCCCCUCACUGUCCCGUGACAUCCUAUCCCAGAUUCCCUUCCUCUUAUCUGACUGGGCCAUCUCCAUCUCUCUCAAGGGGACUGAGUCCCUACAGCUCGACACCUGCUUCUGACCACCUUCUGCAUGACCCUGCAGCUCAGCUCGUCCACCCUGGUGCUUCCAGUCCGACCUCUGCCCUAAAGACCCUCACAAAUCCCUGUCGGGUCCAGAUGGUCCUGAGCAUCCUCCCCUCCCCCUUA